UUUCCAGAUAGAUUUUUUGUUGUCUUCUAUGUGCUUUGUCGUACAAGUCGUGAAAAUUAUUAUUUUAAUUGAUAUAUCUGCAUUUGUAAAGUUAUUGAAUAGUAUUUUGUGUUGGAAAUGAAUACUUUAGGUCCAAAAAAGGACGGAAGUCCGAAUGUGGAGUUCUUUCAAUCUCCAGAGUCUCUACAAGGAUUUGAAACAAUCCGCUUGUGGUUACAGAAAAAUUGUAAAAAAUAUUUGGCAAAUAAUACCGAAACAAUAACAAAGGAAUCGUUGGCGCAGUUAUUAAUACAAUUCUUACAAUAUGUGGAGGCAAAAUUGGGAAAAAAUGCACCUGAACCGCCGGCAACUCGUAUCCCGAUGCGUUUAUUCAUGGAUUUCAAACCUGGCGGUAGUUUGUGUGUCAUCUUUAGUACAAUGUUUCGUUUUCGGGCUGAACAACGUGGCAAAAAGUUUGAUUUUUCAGUGGGUAAAAACCCACCACGCAAAGAUCCAAACAUACAAUUACUUAUUGAUAUCGAACAAGCACUUGUCGAGGCAAACCUUUACUGGAUUCAUUACAUAUACAUACGGCCGGAAAUAAAUAAGGAAUUGGCUCAGAAAUUGAGAGAUAUUUUAAGUACCAGGCGGGUAGAGAUUGUAACCGACGAAGAAGAAGCUACACACACCAUAUACCCAGUUGUUGAUCCACAUCCUGACGAAUAUGCACGACCUGUUUUUAAACGUGGUAAUCAUGUAAUGUUGCAUUGGUAUUAUUUCCCGGAAUCCUAUGACUCCUGGGCUAUAAACUCAUUUGAUUUACCGGAAUAUGUGCCAGAAAACCAUGAAGUACCGGGAGAAAGGUGCUGGCAUGUGUCAGCAUCUUGGAUUUUAGAUCUGGAACAAUAUAACGAAUGGAUGGUUGAAGAAGAUUAUGAAGUAGAUGAAACAGGCAAAAAGAAAACACACAAACAUCGUAUGUCUGUUGAUGAUAUAAUGUCGUUGGGAGCUGAUGAGAAAAAACGAGUCUCGGGCGGAAAUAGUGCCGCUACCAAGCAAAAAAGGCGUCGUUCACCUUCGCCAAAUACAUCCAAGCCUGGCAAACGCAAACGCUCUCCUGCUGUAUUACAUAAGAAAGCCCGGAAUGACGAGGAUGAUGAAGACUUGACUCGUGAUAUGGAUGAUCCCCCGGCAGAGCCAAAUGUGCAGGAAGUGGUAAAGUCAUCAUCCCUGCAAUCGACGGCUAGUCCAGCACCGGGAGGAAAAUCACGUGCAGACAAUGACAUGAUGCCAAUAAAAGGCGGAACCAUGACCGAUUUGGAUGAUGAAAUGACAGGAGGUAGUGCUGCACAAGCUCUUUCCACAGGAGAUGGUGAAAAUUCUCAAACUGGUAAAACUAGUGAUAAUAGUAAUACCCAAGAGUUUUCUUCUUCUGCUAAAGAAGAUAUGGAGGAUAACGUAACCGAACAAACACAUCACAUCAUUGUACCCUCAUACUCGGCAUGGUUUGAUUACAACUCUAUUCAUGUCAUUGAAAAGCGCGCAAUGUCGGAAUUUUUCAAUGCCAAAAAUAAAUCGAAAACUCCUGAAAUUUAUAUGGCCUAUCGCAAUUUUAUGAUUGACACUUACAGAUUAAAUCCUACCGAGUACUUAACUAGUACUGCCUGUCGCAGAAACCUAGCCGGAGAUGUUUGCGCUAUAAUGCGUGUACAUGCAUUCUUAGAGCAAUGGGGUCUCAUUAAUUAUCAAAUAGACGCAGAACUACGACCAACUCCAAUGGGACCACCGCCCACUUCUCAUUUUCAUAUUUUAUCAGACACGCCUUCUGGUUUGCAAUCUUUGAAUCCACAAAAAACACAGCAGCCAUCUGCAGCAAAAGCUUUACUUGAUUUGGAUAAACCAAAAAUGAACAAAGACGGUAAAGAAGGUUCAAUAGAAGGUGAUAAACCGUUGCUGUUACCGGGAGGAAUAAAUAUUAAAACUGAAACUUUGGAAAAUGGUAGCAACACAGGCCAGCAAUUCGGUCUGAAACUAGAUCAAUAUGCAAAGAAACCUGCGGCUAUGAAAAAUAGAACCGCAGCUAGUAUGACCCGUGAAUGGACAGAUCAAGAAACAUUGCUUUUACUCGAGGGUCUCGAAAUGCAUAAGGAUGAUUGGAAUAAAGUUUGUGAACAUGUAGGAACUCGUACACAAGAUGAGUGCAUACUGCAUUUUCUCCGUCUACCUAUAGAGGACCCUUACCUGGAAGAUGAUGGAGGAUUUUUGGGACCAUUAGGAUGUCAACCCAUACCAUUUAGUAAAUCUGGCAAUCCUAUUAUGUCGACGGUGGCAUUCUUAGCUUCCGUCGUUGAUCCUCGUGUAGCAGCAGCUGCAGCAAAGGCUGCCAUGGAGGAAUUCGCUGCUAUAAAGGACGAAGUACCCGCUACAAUAAUGGAUAAUCAUAUGAAGAACGUGGAGAAAGCAUCAGCUGGUGGAAAAUUCAAUCCAUCUUUUGGGUUAGCCAACACUGGCAUAGCCGGCACAGGGACUGACAAAGAAGAUGACGAUACUAAUACAGUAGCCAUGCCAGUGAACACAGGUGCGGUAGAUGAAGAAAUGAAGGAUGUUUCGAAAAAAGACGACAAUAAAACACAUUCAAAUGAGGCUAAUAAGACAGAGAAGCUAAAUAAUGAAACAGAAUCUGAAAAGAAACCAGAAAAUGAUUGCAAAAAUGGUGCAGAGAGUAAAAUUGAAGACACUAAUGACACAGAUACGACGUCAAAGGAUCCUGACAUCGUCAAGCAGGAAGUAUUCAACGAGGCUAACGUUCAAACCGCUGCAGCUGCAGCAUUGGCUUCGGCAGCUGUUAAGGCCAAGCACUUAGCCGCUUUAGAAGAGCGCAAAAUCAAAUCGUUAGUAGCAUUACUCGUGGAGACUCAAAUGAAGAAAUUAGAAAUAAAACUGCGCCAUUUUGAAGAGCUGGAAACAACAAUGGAGCGUGAACGCGAGGGGUUAGAGUAUCAGCGCCAACAGCUUAUAACUGAACGUCAACAAUUUCAUUUGGAGCAAUUAAAAGCUGCAGAAUUUCGAGCACGUCAGCAAGCUCACCAUCGACUUCAAUUAGAACAGCAAUGGCAAGGGACUACUGGGGCAAACGCCGCAGGCAAUGGUCCACUUGCUGGUAAUGCAACUCUCAGUGGGGCCAGUAAUGCACCACCUACUCAAGGUCACCCAGUAGUGGCUGGUGCCGGCGGCGUAGUCGCUGGUGGCACUAUAGCAACAAAUGUUAGUAAUGUUGGGUCUCAAAGCUCAUCUGGGGCUGUGGCUCAAGGUGGAAACACACAACCACCUAUUGGUAGCUCCUCACAACCAGCUACAGCUGUAUCACUGGGCUUACCUACGCCAACAGCGCCAUCUGUACAACAACAACCGCCAACUCCAAUGGAUACUACAACAACUGCUUCUACAGCCAUCCCAACAGCUGCCGUUGAGGGACCUACAAUUACUGGACAGACAAUUUUGUCACCACCUAGCGGAUCAACAGGCAUGCCAUCUUCUAAUGUACAACCGCCAAAUGUACAACCAACAGGCGUAUCUCCCACAGUACCACCAUCUUAAACAAAUCAAAAAUUUCCCCAUCAAAUUCCGCUAACUCUAUAUAAUCUUAAUUAAGUUAUUGCUUACAAAUACUAGAUUACAUUAUGCUCUAAUCGUAAAUGAUUUUAUAUUUGCUUUAUGAACUUUAAUUUUAAUUAAUCUUGUAUCAGGCAUGCAUUGUUUUCAUCUGGAUAUGAUAGAUUGCAAUAUUUUGGUGUAAAAAGCAUACGCACAAUGCUUUGACUAUGGUAUACUUCUAAUUGCCCACCAACAGGUAAAUACUACUCAAACGAGGGCAAAUUGAAUAAUUGAAACUGUAUUGGAACUUCGUGAAAGUAAAUAAAAAUCACAUAUUUAAUUAUCAUGGAAUUAUGAUAUCGAAUAAUCCCAAUAAAAGUCAUAUGCAAACAUGUAAAUUGUA